GCCUGUUGCCCCAACCCGCAGAUCCCCAACCGUCACCCGUACCGCAACGUGCCCGCCUACGUGGACCUGGCGAGCUUCCUCUACCCGGACUACUUCUGGACCCUCGUCGACCACUUCCUGCAGAACCAAGAGUGGCCGAGAUGGGCGACUCUGGAGCCGUCCUUCCAGAAAGUGUGCGCGCAGUUCAACAUCGACGGCUCCACCACCUUGCAUAUGGUCGGGUUCGCACCGCUCUGGGUGAACCUGCUGAGGCAGACGGAUGAGGUUAUGUUUAGGACU